AGCCGUUUCUCCUCAAAGUCUUGGAGCUUUCGGCGCGCGCCCCGGCGAGGAUUAGCUUUGCGGGGCGCCGAGGUGAAGUCUUAAGUCGUGGCAAGGAGUGCAUCCCCUGCAAAGCAUGGAUGCGGACUUGCGGUGUCAAGUGGAGGGCAUUUUCCAGUGCACGCUGGCCGAUUCCGAAGGCCUCCUCGAACGGGAGAGCUGUAUUGACUUCCUCCGGUCAAUUGGUGGCACACUGCAGGAGGCCAAUGCUCUACUGAAGGAGCAUGACCAGCAAGAACAGUCUCACAUCAGUGUGAAAGACUUCCUGGAUCUACUUUGUGGACCCGAUUCUUCCUCCGCUCCGCCAGAGGCGAAGCCAGAGACCAGUGACUCUCCGCCCAAGAGCGAGCCGGAGAGAAAGGAAGUGAAGGAGGAGAGCAGCCCUCCAAAAAGAGAACCCCAGCAGGUGGAGGAAGCCUGUGGGGCACCCGAAUCCAAAGUGGAGAAGGACCUCUCGGAGGAGACUUUGGAAGUCACUGCCACUACAGCCUCCGUGGAGGUGCAGGAGGACGACUCCGCAAGCCUUCCAGAGGUGGUGAGGAUUUGUGAUGCAUGCAAUCAGAAGACCGAAUGCACGCAGGACCCCACCGAUUUGGGUUGGUACUGCGAGUCGUGUUGGAUUAGCUACUAUGGCGCCCCACCGGGUACCGAGAGCUCGUACAUGUUCCUCCACACCAAUCGGCUGGUCAAGGUCAAGGAUGGCCGUGUUUGGCCGGAGGUGGAAUUGCUCUCAGCGUGGAACGCCCAUCCGAUCCCCAAAUGGCCGCCCCGGAUGCCGCCCUGCGGCCCCGUCUCGGUCGAAGGAGGCGACCCCACGCAGAUUGGGGACGCCUGGGUGCCCGUGCAGAUUCACGUGAAUCCGGGCCUCGUGGGACAAUGGGCACGCCAAUGCACGCGUGAAUACCGACCCUAUCCGGGCGAAAUCCUUUGCAAAAAGUAUAAAAUUGAACAUGCGGUCGGUGCGGGGCAUUUUACCCGCGCAUAUUUAGCCACCGACCUGGAGACGAAUACCAAGGUGUGUAUUAAGCGCCACGGUGGUCUCACAGUUGAACUGAUGACAGACUUGUUGACGAUCAGCAGGAGAGUUGAAUCAGUUGACCCUGAAGGCCAGUGCUUCUCCAGGUUGAUCGAGGCGUUCUUCGACAUGGUGGGCUACACCGUCGAGACGCUGUUUGAAGGUCGGAAUUGCAUGGAGAUCUGCCGAAGCAAUCCUCUGCAUUUCAAAGACCUGAAGAACCUCCGUACCGUUGCGGUGGGCUGCCUUCGCGGCCUGUCCCUCUUAUGCGAUGCGGGUGUGGUGCAUUGCGACAUGAAGGCGGACAACUUCAUGUGGACGAAGGGAACUGACGGCUCCACCGUGGUGCGCUUAGUGGACUUCGGCUGCAGUCGAUUGGAUAGUCGUUUGGAGAAUGGCCGGAACUGGGCCUUCGCAGAGGGCGGAGCAGGACACAUCGGCAAGUGGGCUCCCGAAAUGAUGUUGCGGUUGCCCAUUACCGACAAAGCCGAUGUCUGGGGCCAAGCGGUCGCCCUCUUGGAGCUCUACUCGGGCCGCAACAUGUGGAACGAAGAAGAAGACACGGUGGAGUACAUGUUGGCGCAAGCUUUGGGAUUAGUCAAUCAGAAGGCCGGCUUGCCGGAGAAGCUUCUGCGGCGAAGUCCGCUCGACAUCCGGCAGCUUUAUACGCCUUCCCCUGCCUACUUUCCCGUGCAACGCAUGGGCGUGGCUCCUCACGUGCGCUUCAAGGAGCUUCGACCCGCGACUUGGGGCCUGUCCUGCAUCCUGGGUGAUGAGACCAAGUGGGACAAGACCAAGAAACAACUUGCAGACUAUGUGCUGAAAGCCAUGGCGCUGGACCCCGAGGAUCGCCCUCAUGCCGUGGACUUGAUGCCUCAUGACUUCAUCAACUUUGAAGUUGAGGAUCAAGUCCCAGGUGAGACUUGAGUAGGGCUCGCCAGGUGGCGUUGCAUGGCCAAAAGCACCUCCGACUUCCGUGCGGUCGCCGCGGAGGCGAGGACGAGGCUCGGUACCCGUUGUCUAUGAGGAUAGACCGGUCCAAUGCCCAAUGGACGCAAAGUUUGAGGUGAAGUGUUUUGCACUACGCUACUUGUACCACCC